GCUAUGCACUAUGGUGAUCAGUGCUCACCCUCUUUCUUUCUAAUCAAUUCCUCAAACUCAGUGGUUUUGUUGAGUUUUUCGUCCUCCCGCAAAUGGAAAUGUACACAAGGCAGUGGAAGACGUUAUUACCCCUACUGUUUCUCUCUGCGUUCUCCACCGUCGGAUCAUCGUCCCAUCUUGGACGAUCUGCCAUACGAUUCAGAUUGGCGCGAGAUGCGGCGGAGAGGCAGAUUCCGACGCGGGCAGGUGCACCGUUCAAGAUUGCGCUGUUGGCGGACCUGCAUUUUGGAGAGAACGCGUGGUCGGAUUGGGGCCCCCUACAAGAUGUAAACUCUGUUAAGGUGAUGAAUACGGUGCUCCACCAUGAAAACCCAGAUUUUGUAAUAUAUCUUGGUGAUGUCAUUACGGCUAACAAUAUAAUGAUUGCAAAUGCAAGCUUGUAUUGGGAUCUGGCAACCUCUCCAGCAAGAAAUAGGGGCAUACCUUGGACUAGUGUAUUUGGAAACCAUGAUGAUGCUGCAUUCGAGUGGCCACUGCAGUGGUUCUCUUCACCUGGAAUUCCUCAAAUUCACUGCCCUCAAACCGGAAGUUCAUAUUCAGUAGAAGAAGAAUGUAGCUUCAAAGGAACAGGACGAUUGGGUUUGAUGGAAAACGAGAUCAAGCACAAUUUGUCAUUUUCCAGUUAUGGUCCUAGAAAUCUUUGGCCAAGUGUAUCAAAUUAUGUCCUUGAGGUUUCAUCGCCGGAUGAACCACAAUCACCAGUUGCUUUCCUUUACUUCCUUGAUUCUGGCGGUGGUUCCUAUCCAGAAGUCAUAUCUAGUGGCCAGGCGGAAUGGUUUCUGCAGAAAGCUCAAGAAAUUAACACUGACUCAAGGGUUCCGGAGAUUAUUUUCUGGCAUAUUCCAAGUACGGCCUAUAAGGUGGUGGCUCCCAAACCGAAGUCUGGCAUACAAAUGCCUUGCGUAGGUUCAAUCAACAAGGAAAGUGUAGCUGCUCAAGAAGCUGAAACGGGUAUUAUGGAUCUUCUUGUCAACAGAACUUCUGUUAAGGCAAUAUUUGUUGGACACAAUCAUGGAUUGGAUUGGUGCUGCCCAUACAAGAAACUAUGGUUAUGCUAUGCUAGACACACUGGCUAUGGUGGCUAUGGAGAUUGGCCUAGAGGAGCACGGAUUUUAGAGAUCACUCAGAAACCCUUUUCUCUUCGAUCUUGGAUAAGGAUGGAGGAUGGCCAAGUGCACAGUGAUGUUGUCUUGAGUUGAAAAUAAUUUCCUCUAAAGCCUAAACAAGAGAAAAUACAUACGGAAAGUAUAGUUGUUACAUGAUUGUUUAGUUUCAGAAAAAAAAAUUUAAUUAUGA